AUGAAGAAAUACGGUUGGAAAAGUUUCAAGGAUUUAAUAUUCAGAAAUCCUGCUGUAGACAACCAGGAUCCACAUAAUGGUGAUGAGAAUACUGAGCGUGGGAACUGGGCCAGCAAAGAAGAGUAUAUCCUCUCUACAAUCGGCUAUGCUGUUGGACUGGGAAAUAUCUGGAGAUUUCCAUAUUUGGCCUACAAAAAUGGAGGGGGUGCCUUUCUCAUUCCCUAUUUCCUGAUGUUGGUUUUGUGUGGAAUUCCACUUUUCUUCCUGGAAAGCGCCUUCGGUCAGUUUUGCAGCCAAGGCCCUAUUAACAUAUGGAGAGCAGUGCCAAUCCUGCAGGGUGUUGGUGUUGCCAUGGUUAUGGUGACUCUCAUAGUAUCAGUUUACUAUAAUGUCAUCAUCGCCUACAGCCUGUACUACAUGUUCGCCUCCUUCCAGUCUCCUCUGCCGUGGUCCAGCUGCUUCAGUUGGGCUGACAGUAACUGCAGCAACACGCCUGCAGUGUAUUGCAAUGUAAGUGGUGUUUUAGUGGCCAACUGGACUCAGGAAAACAACACUUGUUUUUCAUCCAGUGCAGAGCAGAGCCCGAGUGAGCAAUACUGGGAUCGCGUGGCUCUGCAGAGAUCCAGUGGUCUAGAUGAAACAGGACCAGUAGUUUGGCACUUGGCCCUCUGUCUGUUGCUGAGCUCCGUGCUUGUUGCUGCAGCACUCAUCAGAGGCAUCAAGUCCUCAGGCAAAGUUGUGUAUUUCACAGCUACAUUUCCUUAUGUGGUGAUUGUGAUCCUGCUGAUCCGUGGUGUGACUCUAGAGGGAGCUAGAGAUGGGAUAGAGUUCUACAUUGGUUCCCAGUCCAAUUUGACUAAACUAACAGAAGCGCAGGUCUGGAAAGAUGCAGCAACUCAGACCUUCUACUCUCUCUCGAUUGGCUGGGGUGGAGUCAUGACUCUUGCUUCCUACAACAACUUCCACAACAAUGUGUUCAAGGACUCAUUUGUUAUAACACUUACUAAUGCCGGUACCAGUGUGUUUGCAGGCUUUGCCAUAUUUUCAAUCUUGGGUCACAUGGCUUACGUCUACAAAAUGCCUGUUGGAGAUGUGGUGACGGAAGGAUUUGGCCUGGCAUUCAUUGCAUACCCAGAUGCUCUGUCUAAGCUUCCAAUUUCCCCUCUGUUUUCCAUUUUGUUCUUCUUCAUGCUUCUGACUGUUGGUCUGGACUCUCAGUUUGCAGGAAUAGAGGUGGUCGUCACCUGCCUGCUUGAUGCCUUCCCUAAAAUCUUCAAAUCCAAACGUGCUUUAUUGACUGUAACAGCAUGUUCCAUUGUAUACCUCCUGGGCCUGCCAUGUGUCACAAGGGCAGGAAUAUACUGGGUGACUCUAAUCGACCAGUUUGUUGCCAGCUGGGUGCUGCUAUUUUUGGCUCUCUUGGAGAUCAUUGGCGUCAGCUACAUAUACGGAGGGAACCGUUUUAUUAAAGACAUCGAGAUGAUGCUUGGGAAUAAGAGUUUCAUUUUCUGGCUGUGGUGGAGAGCAUGUUGGUUCUUCAUCAGCCCCUGUAUCAUUGUGGUGAUCCUGGUCUGGUCUCUGAAGACGUUUACGCCACCCUCCUAUGGAGCAGUCCUGUUCCCAGACUGGGGCUUGGCACUGGGCUGGUGCAUGGUUGUAUUUAUCCUCCUCUGGAUCCCUGUCGUCGCUUUGUAUAAGCUGAUGAGAGCAGAGGGAAGCCCCUGGAAGCGUCUGAAGUCAAUGUGCUCUCCUGCUGAAGAAUGGCAUCCCUACCUGGACGUCCAUCGAGGAGAACGCUAUGGCAGGAUGAUACAUAACAACGGACCAGAUGUAAAUGUAAUCUCGAGCUCAUGGCUCUGAUGUGUGUUUGAUGUGUUUACCUGUUGUUUUCUUUCCUUUGGUGAACAUGUGUAAUCUGUGAACACCUUGUACUGAACGUUAAAGUUGCAGUAAGUGAUUUUUAACCUCCAGGAGGCAUAAACUCAAAUACAAACUCACAGCAGAGUAUCUAAUGACUAUGACUAAUGUGUUACAACACUGGCCUACUCUAUUCUGCAUGGGCAUCCCAUUGCAGUAUUCUUCCUGUUUAAAUAUCCCACCUGGGAAAUGUCAAGUCUAGCAUUCACUUUUGUUUUGCUUUAGUUUCUACCUUCAGGUGAAAACAUCUGAGUCUUUUUGACCAUCUUCACCGGCCACGUUUUUGUCUGCUGGGGACAGGCGGCACACAACAAGCCUGAGCGAGGUCAUGUGUUAACAGUAAAUUCACCCACUUUGGACUUGACAGCACAGACCAAUGACACACAAACGUUAGAACAGUAAUAGCUAUGCUUUUAUGUUAAUUGACAUCAAUUGAAUCAAUGUAUUAAAAAUAUUGAUUAGUGGGGAGGUAAAAUCACAUAGUGUUUCUUAUUUUCUCAAUGAUCCGUGGACUAUUUUAGUUAUUUCACUGUCUAUUAUUCAAAAUGAUUAUUCUUCUAUCAGUAGUGAGUGUUUGUGUGUCAGUAAUCAUGCUUCCUGUCAGUUAACUACUGCACAUCCUGUGUUCCUCACCUCUGAUAUUCUACAAUAAACAACUUCUUUCUGCA